AUGAAGGGAACAACUACUCUACUCAUCUUAGCCACUUUUUCUUCCCUUUCCCUUGUAAGCUAUUCCCGAGUGGGCGACUUGAUAACGAGCAUUUGCUCUCAAGGACCGCCCCUAAACGAGGCCUUGUGCGAAUGCACCUUAAGCUCGGCCAAUUGCGGAAACCCUAACGACACCUCAAAAGCCGCCUUUACAUGCAUGGGCCGUUUCGCGAAUAAAGCGGCCAUAAACGCCACCACACAGUUGCGGACCGUCGCCAAGAGUCUCACCAAUGCCAGACUAGCCAAGUUGUGUGUGGGCCACGUCAAAGAUGCCAUUGACCAACUUAAGGGUUGCACCAACAAGAUUUGGAAAACGAACAUCGAUAUCAUCAACUCCAAGUGCUCGGCUGCUGAGACAGAUAUCGACAACUGUAUAGAUGAUUACAAUGACUUGGACCAAAGCAUACCGGAGGUUUUGCAGAAUUCUAUCGGCAAAGCAAAGGACCUCAUCACCAUCAUGCUCGCCAUCACCAACACGACCUCACAUAUCUGA